UGUUAGUUUAUUCUUAUAUGUACUAAUUAUGUUUAAAAAUGGUAUUAAUUUUACUACAAUCGAAAUUUACGAUGAAACCCUGGAUUAUCAAUUCAUGUGUUGCUUUCAUACAUAACAUGAGGAGCCGCAUUUUAGGUAAAUAGAAAAAAUGAUAAAAACAGAAAAGUUGAGCGGUUUUUUAGAAGAAGAGAAGAAUUCGAGCUCAGAAGGGGAGAAUGAAGAAUCAUUUGAAGAUGGAGAUAUAUGCGAAGAUUACGAGUUGGACAAAAUUUUUCCAUUUAAAUAUAAAUUAGCUCAAGAAUAUGCGGUCUCACUACAAAAAGAAUAUAUACUUAGUUUGUGUAGUGAUAGUACUUUUACAAAAGCUGCAGCUGGAAUAUCAAAUGGAACGAUUCAACUCUUUGACGUUGUUGCCGAGCGUGGUUUGUCAGCUCUUCGUUCGGACUUUACGCAAACUCCAGGCAGUGGUUCCACUGUUUGUGGUUUACGAUUUCUAGAUGAAACAUCAAAUUGUUUAUUAGUUGGCACAACAAAUGGUUAUGUGCGUCUUUUUGACUUGCGCGCACAAAGGGAACAAGCUCUUUUUGAUACAACUUCAGAAAGUUCUACAUCAAAAACUAUAACUAGCUUUGAUUGUAACGCAAAUAGUCGUAUUCUUUGUGCCGGCAAAGAAAAAUAUCAAGAUAAUGUAUUUUUGUUAUUCUUUGAUAUACGUGAACGAAGAAAGUUGGGUGGUUAUUUUGAAAGUCACACAGACGAUAUUACAAGCAUACGUUUUCACGAAAGAGACCCUGAUUUACUAUGCAGUGGUUCUACAGAUGGUUACAUAAAUGUAUAUAAUAUCAAGGAAGAGACAGAAGAAGAUGCACUGUUGACUACAAUCAACACAGAAAGCAGCGUUGAUAGAUUAAAUUGGCAUAAAAAUGUUUAUGAGCAGGAUAUUAUAUCUUGUAUUACUCAUACGGAUUUUAUGCUUUAUAAAUGCGAAGAUGGUGAUGAAAUUAGUAAAUUUGAACGACCUGUUAUUAGCACAGCUAUUAAGCGUACAAAUCCUGCAAACUGCAAUAUAAUAAAUGUCCACAAUAUGGUUGAUAAUGAUAUGUUUCUUUUAGUUGGGACCAAUUUACGCAAAGGAGAAGUUUUACGUUCAUUGCAUGUAUUUAAUAAGACCUUAGUGCCAUUAUCUAACUUUGAGGGUAAUAAACAAAUCGUACGUGAAAGUGUUUAUGAUAUGAAGACUAAAUGUUUACUAACAGCUGGAGAAACUGGUAUUGUGUCCCUCUGGACUCCAAUUACUAACGAGGAUUCUGACUGUACUGCUUCUAAAUUAAAAGCAGUAAAGAAAUACAAAACAAAAAAAAUCAAACCUUAUUAACAGAUUAAUAUAGAAUAUUUCUUU